AUGGAGGGAAUCCUAUCCCCAUACGUGGACCCAACCAGCCGCGCCACCGACCGACCCUUCCCGCUAGACAACAUCCCCCUCUCCACCGUCACGAACGAGACCCUCGCCGCCCUGCUCUACACGGCUCCGGCCCUGCACGACCUCGGCCAAACCACCGUCGUCCGGCUGUCCCAAACCCUCCCGCCGCCCUCCGCCUCCUCGCCGCCUCGCAGCCCGACCACCCCAUCCGCGCGCCCCGCGUCCCACCGCGCGUUCCAAAUCCCCGACGACACCAAAUACUUCGGCACGAUGGGCUACCUCGUCAUGGACUACAUCCCCGGCCGACCCCUCGACACCUGCUGGGACAGCCUGCCCGGCGACCAGAAGACGGAGAUCGCGGGCCAGGUCGCCGAGAUGGUGGCCGCCUUGCAGCGCAUCCAUCUCCCGGGGCCCCCGGGGCCUAUUGGUAAGGGGAACGGUAACGGUAAUGACACCGCCAAUGGUAAUGAUACUGGCAGUGACACUGGCAGUGAUACCAACAGCAAAUGGCCCUGCCGCGGCCGCUUCUUCACGCACUACAGCGCCGGCCCGUUCGCGAGUGUCGCCGCCUUCGAGGGCUGGUUCAACCGUAAGCUGGCGGUCUGUAAGCAGUGCCGCAAGGCGGGGCCGGAUGUCCCCGCGUUCCGGCUCGGGGAGUUUGUGCUCGUGCAUCAGGACAUCAGUCCCCGGAACCUGGUGCUGGAUGGGGACGGGCAAGUGUGGCUGGUGGAUUGGGCCGAUGCCGGGGCGUAUCCGCCGGGGUUCGAGACGGCGGCGUUGUUCGGUCAGGCCAGCUUUCCGGAUUUCCAGGCGCUGGUGCUCGAGCGCUUGGACUUCGAGCGGGAUCGGGUGCUGGAGGGAGGGUUGCGCGCGAUUGAGUGGGGGUUGUUGACUGCGGUGUUGGCGUGA